UUGUUGACGCGCAUUGCCAGCCAUAAAAAGAUUGUAGAUCAGUGAUGAUCUUUACAGGCUAUAUAAUUAUAAGCGUUUGUCAGUAACAUGGAUGGAAUAAAAACCAUAAAAGAUAGAUUUGUCGGCAAAUGGAAACUCGAUAGAAGUGAACGUUUUGAAGAUUUCUUACGAGAAUGUGGUGUAAAUUUCUUUGCUCGGAAGAUGGCUGGUUUGGCUACACCAGUUUCUGAAAUCUCUGUGAAAGAUGAUGAUAAAGUGCAUAUUUCUAUGGCUACUGCUUUUAUGACACAAGAAGACACAUUCAAGCUGGGUGAAGAAUUUGAAAAGGACAUGCGUGGGAACAAGAUGGUGGGUAAGUCAUCCUUUGAAGAUGGAAAGAUUGUAAUACAAUACACCCCCACAGAUCCCGACAUAAAGCCCCAGAAAGUAACCAGAGAAGUCGUAAACGGAGAGUUAGUGCAG